GAUAGUGAUGACCACUACACCACUAUAGUCCGAUCCAAUAGAAGAGUAACUGUAGCUCAAAUUUAGGGGAAGGUUAAUUGUUCAUUUACAGAUCAUUGCUGUUUUUGUGGACUGUUUCAUGUUUUUGUACUUAAUAUUAGUCAUAAUGUUAUGGCUGAUGACUGGAUGAGGUAUAAGCAGCGCACUGCGCGGAUUGUCCCCUAGAGGGCAGUGUGCUCAUCUCUUUCCUCAGGUCGUUUGUUUUAUAACCGUCGAGAAAGUCGGAGCAAACGGAAAACAUGGCGGCGUCUCAGAAAGAAUCAAAACAGGGGAAACCUUCGAAAAAGGAGUCGCAGCCUUUAAUUAUCGCCAAAACUCCGGCAGAGGAGCAGCGGCUCAAGCUGGAGAAAUUAAUGCGCAAUCCAGAUAAACCGGCGCCCGUUCCAGAAAGACCGAAAGAAUGGAGUCCGCGCGCGGCCCCGGAGUUCGUCCGUGACGUCAUGGGCUCCAGUGCCGGAGCAGGCAGCGGCGAGUUCCACGUCUACAGACACUUGAGGCGCCGCGAGUACCAGAGACAAGAUUUUCUGGACCGGUUGUCUGAAAAGCAAAAGCUGGAUGAGGAUUAUCAGGAGAAAAUAAAGGACAACCAGAUGGCUGCUGAGGAGAGGACGGCCAAACGCAGGAAGAAGAGGGAGAAGCUCAAACAGAAAAAGUUGAUGGCCAAGAAAGCCAAACAGCAGAGCAAGAGCCAAGCAGAGUCUGAUGAGGAAGAGGAGGCGUCCUCUACGAGCGAGGAAGAGGAGCAGGCCGAGGAAAAGAACGAACGGGAGGAUGAUGCAGAGGAGCCCAGCUUUGUCAUGGGAAAAAGGUGACUCCUGAAGAAUCUUAUCACCAGAGUCCUGAGUUUCAAAUACCUUCAACAAGACUUUGAUCGAAGCUCGGAUGAAAUGGGCUAACAGAACCUGUAGAAAAAAGCAGCACGUUGUAAUUCUUCUCAAGGAUGUAUUUUUUUUUCUUUUUUCCUUGGAUUGUACAUACUGUAUAUUUUUAAUAAACAUAAAAACCAGCA